AUGGCCAAAGGUCUCGCCCCCGGACCCCGCAUCAAGAAGAAGAACCGCUCCAAAGGCAAGGGCCCCGCAACAACCGAAAAGACAAAGAAGGCUUUGACCGAGAGGCAGCUCAAGGAUCUCGGCAUCCCGAAAUUGAAUGGGAUUGCGCCGGCCGGGAUCGUGAAGCCGAAGGGGAAGAAGAAGGGGAAGACGUUUGUCGAAGACACCUCGAGUUUAUUGAGUAUCCUAGCCGACGUAAACGACAAAUCCGACACGACAAUCCGCUCAAAACUCCAACGUGCGCGGGAUUUAGAAGUCAUCCGCCAAGCCAAACGCGCGGAACAGGCGAAGAAGGAGGCGGAGAAGACGAAGAAGUUGGAGGAUGCAAAGGGGAAGAUUAAGAGGGGGAAGAGGGAGAGAAAGGAGGUUGGGAGGGAGUUGAGGAGGGGGAAGGACUCUAAGGAGAAGGAGGGAGGGGAGGGGGAGAAGAAGAAGACGAAGGGGGUGCGGUUUGCUUGA